UAAAACCCCAAUCUUAGCGUCACCUCCCAGGCCAAAACCCCCCACCCACGCCCCGCCGUCCCACUGACGCGACGCGACACGCGCGGAAAGCAACGCGCCUCCACCGCCCCCGCUCCCGCCCUCCCUCCCAUACCGCCUCCCGCCCGUGCCCCGACGACGCAGCCACCCAGACGCGGCCAAAGCAAGGGAAAGCGGAGCCGUAGUAGGUAGUAGUACGCUCGUCGGCGGGGGCGGCGAUGGUGUCGACGGCGCUGGACGCGAUGGCGGGGACGGCGUGGGGGCGGUGGCUGGGGCUGGUGGCGGCGGUGUGGGUGCAGUGCAUCUCGGGCAACAACUACACCUUCUCCAACUACUCCGACUCCAUCAAGACGCUCAUGGGCCUCACGCAGCUGCAGCUCAACGGCCUCUCCGUCGCCAAGGACGUCGGCAAGGCCUUCGGCCUGCUCGCGGGGCUCGCCUCCGACCGCCUCCCCACCUGGCUCCUCCUCGCCAUCGGCUCCCUCGAGGGCUUCCUCGGCUACGGCGCGCAGUGGCUCGUCGUCUCCAAAACAAUCUCGCCGCUGCCCUACUGGCAGAUGUGCGUCUGCCUCUGCCUCGGCGGCAACUCCACCACCUGGAUGAACACCGCCGUGCUCGUCACCUGCAUCCGCAACUUCCGGGGCAGCAGGGGCCCCGUCUCGGGGGUCCUCAAGGGCUACGUCGGGCUCAGCACCGCGAUAUUCACCGACGUCUGCUCCGCGCUCUUCGCCGACGACCCGGCCUCCUUCCUCGUCAUGCUCGCCGUCGUGCCCGCCGCCGUCUGCGCCGUCGCCAUGGUGUUCCUCCGCGAGGGCCGCGUGGCCAGCGCCGACUCGGGCGGGGACGAGGCCGACGCGCGCGGCUUCGCGGCCAUCAGCACGCUCGCCGUCGCCAUCGCGCUCUACCUCCUGGCGGCCGACCUCACGGGCGUGGGCGGCGGCGGGGGGCUCGUCUCCACCGUCUUCGUGGCCGUGCUGAUGGUGCUCCUCGCCGCGCCCGCCGCCGUGCCCGCGUACGUGGGCUGGACGUCCUGGAUGAAGUCCCGCAAGGCGGCCAACGCCGACGCCGAGGACGCGGCCGCCCCCCUGCUGCUCGACUCCAAGGAGGCGACCGCGGCGGAGGCGGCGACGCAGCCGCAGGGCAACGGGGAGGCGGAGGAGGCUCGCGGGCCGCGGCUGGGGGAGGAGCACACGAUCGCGGAGGCGCUGUGGUCGGUGGACUUCUGGGUGCUCUUCUCGUCGUUCCUGAUGGGCGUGGGCACGGGGCUGGCGGUGAUGAACAACCUGGGGCAGAUGGGCGUGGCCAUGGGCUACACCGACGUGUCCAUCUUCGUCUCCAUGACCAGCAUAUGGGGCUUCUUCGGCCGCCUCGCCUCCGGCACCAUCUCCGAGCACUUCAUCAAGACGAGGGCGCUGCCGCGGCCGGUGUGGAACGCGGCGUCGCAGGUGCUCAUGUGCGCGGGGUACGUGGUGAUGGCCUUCGGCAUGCCGGGGUCCCUCUUCGUGGGGUCGGUGGUGGUGGGCGUCUGCUACGGUGUGCGGCUGGCGGUCACCGUGCCCACGGCGUCGGAGCUGUUCGGCCUCAAGUACUACGGCCUCAUCUACAACAUCCUCAUCCUCAACCUGCCGCUGGGAUCCUUCCUCUUCUCGGGCCUCCUGGCGGGGCUCCUCUACGACGCGGAGGCCACCAAGGUGCCCGGCGGCGGCAACACCUGCUCCGGCGCGCACUGCUACCGCCUCGUCUUCGUCGUCAUGGCCGCCGCCUGCGUCGUCGGCUUCGGCCUCGACGUGCUCCUCAGCCUCAGGACCAGGCGGGUCUACGCCAAGAUCCACCAGGCCAAGCGGGCCAAGAGGUCGGCCGCCGCCGCGCAGAGGGUGAGCUAAGCUGGCCGGCCGGUAGCCGCCUCUCUUCUCAGAGAAACUCAGCUGGCUGCACAGCUAGCACCUACGUACUAGCAGUUUUUCAGACUGAUGAAGAGCAACAGCGUCUGCACUGUAAAGUUUUGCGCAGCAAUGUACAUGCCUUGAUUCUUUUGGGCAAAGAUGGAUAGUAUAUAGAUUCAAUUGGUAUACUGGAUGAUAUAUACUGUAUGCUACUAUGGCUGUGCAAUAGAUUGAUGCAGAGGCCGGUGGUAGCUCCUUCAUUCUCUGAAAACAAACAGAUUGUGUACUGCCAGGGAAGUUCAUAGUUCAAAUUCGAACUAAAACCAGGCCAAGUAUUUCCGAACGGAGGUAGUAGUAUAUUUGUGUUUGUAGCCUGUUCGGCAUAAGAGCUCGCAUCAAUUCAAGUGCAUUUCUUUUC